GGUUAGGUUAGUCUAAAUCGGUAGUGGUUUGGCCAGAGAGCUCAUUCGCCACACACGCUCCGUGGUGAUCAGACAUCUCCCAGCACCAUGCAGCUGCUCAUAACGUUCGCCGGCCUGUUGGCCUUGGCAUUAGCCAACACUCCUGGCUCCACCGGCAAAGUCGUCUGCUACUACGACAGCAAGAGCUAUGUCAGAGAAUCUCAAGCCCGCAUGCUACCGCUGGACCUGGACCCGGCCCUGUCAUUCUGCACGCACCUGGUGUACGGCUAUGCCGGCAUUCAACCUGAUACCUUCAAGAUGAUACCCCUGAAUGAGAACCUGGACGUAGACCGGUCGCAUGCCAACUACCGAGCGAUCACCAACUUCAAGUCCAAGUUUCCUGCAAUGAAAGUCCUUCUGUCCAUUGGAGGCGAUGCCGACACCGAAGACCAGCAGAAAUACAACCUUCUGCUGGAGUCGCCGCAAGCUCGUACUGCCUUCGUGAACUCUGGCGUCUUGCUCGCGGAUCAACAUGGCUUUGAUGGCAUCGACUUGGCAUGGCAAUUACCCAGAGUUAAGCCUAAGAAGAUUCGUUCCACUUGGGGGUCCCUCUGGCACGGUAUCAAGAAGACUUUCGGCACUACACCGGUCGACGAUAAGGAGGCAGAGCACAGGGAGGGAUUCACCGCACUGGUCCGCGAGCUGAAGCAAGCCCUCAGCGUCAAGCCGAACAAGCAGCUGUCCGUCACUGUGCUUCCCAACGUUAAUUCUUCCGUUUAUUUCGACGUGCCAUCGAUCAUCAAUUUGGUGGACUUCGUAAACAUUAACGCGUAUGACUACUUCACGCCUGAGCGCAACCCCAAGGAGGCUGAUUACACUAGCCCACUGUAUACGCCACAGAACCGCAACCCCUUGCAAAACGCCGACGCCGAAAUCGCCUAUUGGAAACAACACGGAGCACCCACAACCAAACUGGUGUUGGGCAUCGCGACAUUCGCGCGAACAUGGAAGUUGGACGGCGACAGCGAAAUCUCGGGAGUUCCCCCGAUCCACACCGACGGACCCGGAGAAGCAGGUCCUUACACCAAGACUGAAGGUGUGCUUAGCUACCCAGAAGUGUGCGCUAAGCUUAUCAACCCCAAUCAUCAAAAGGGUAUGCGCCCUCAUCUGAGGAAGGUCACUGACCCCAGCAAACGUUUCGACGUGGGCUUAACCAAGGAGGAAGACUUAUCUCAUAUGUUUGGCACAUACGCAUUCCGUCUUCCCGAUGACAAUGGAGAGGGUGGUAUUUGGGUGAGCUACGAGGACCCCGACACUGCUGCACAGAAAGCUGAAUUCGCGAAAUCCAAGAGCCUUGGCGGCAUUUCCAUCGUCGACCUGUCCAUGGAUGACUUCCGUGGGUUGUGCACUGGCGACAAGUAUCCCAUACUGCGCGCUGCCAAAUACCAUCUGUAAUCUUUAUAAUAGUUAGCCGUUUACUUGUAUACAAAAUAUUAUGUAACAGCAUUAUAAUAGAAUUGUACAGUAAUCCAGUCUUGUAGCAAAUGCAUUUAAUUCCAUAUUUCGUUCAAAAACAUCGAUAAAUUUAUAUUAUUUUUUAAUCUGUAAUAUUUUCUCCCGCUGGAUGGGAAAUAUAAAUAAUAGCGAGU